AUGCCGUUGCGCCUGCUGGACUUUCCGAGGCGAUUCGCCGCUGUAAAGCAGCAAUUUCCGUCGGGGCAGAUGUUGCUUUCAUCGAAGGAUUCCGUUCUCAAGAAGAAGCCAAAGAAGCCGUUCGUACAUUGGCUCCCCGUCCUACUCAAUCUUGCGACCAAUGGUGUGACUCCGAACUGGACUGUCAAGGAGGCGAAAGAGAUGGGCUUCAAACUUGUUAUAUUUCCGUGUUCCGGGAUGAUUCCUGCUGCCCUGGCCAUUCGGAAAGCAUACCAGGAGAUCAAGACACAAGGAAGUGAUGUUGAAGGGUGCGGAGGCUUGGGACCAAAGGGUGUCUUUGAAAUCGUUGGUUUGAAUGAGAUAAUGGAUGUCGAUGCUGGCAGUUUUUCGCUCGAGAGUUGA